AUGACGGUCACCGGCCCUGGCCAGGAGAGCAGUCCAGGCGCCAACUCGCGGCUUGUCGAGAGUAACGACGAGAAGUCGACCAACGACAAGCCCAAGAACAGUGACAAUGUCAGCGACAAUGUCAAUGUCAAUGUCAAUGUCAAUGACAAGGACAAGGAGAAUAGCAAGGCAAAAGGCGCCCAUGCGCGGCCCGAGAGGGAGGCGACGGUCAAGGACUACCUGCGCGUCUUUGGCUACGCCACCAAAUGGGACUACGUCUUGAUGCUCGGUGCUGGCAUUGCUAGCAUUGGCGCUGGCACUACACUUCCUCUCAUGAACGUCGUCUUUGGCCAGGUUGUCGGAGGCUUUAAGUCGUAUUUCGGCGACGACAUGGCCCAGGCCGCUGCCGACUUCGAGUCCCAGGUCAAUAGGCUGGCCCUCUACAUGCUAGCCAUCUUUGUUGCCCGCUUCGGUCUCAACUACAUCAACAAGUUCUGCUUCCGCCUCAUCGGAAUCCGCAUGUCGGCGGCCAUCAGACUGCACUACUUGUGCUCUCUCUUCAGCCAGACCAUCCACGUCCUAGACUCCAUGCCCACGGGCGCCGCCGCCGGCACCAUCACCUCCACAUCCAAUACGCUGCAGAUUGGCAUCUCGGAGAAGCUGGGCGUCUUCCUCGAGUGGUCCUCCACCAUCGUCACCGCCAUCAUCGUCGCCUUCACCUACAGCUGGUCGCUGACCCUCGUUACUGCCUCCGUCAUUGUGUUUAUUGUCAUUGUCAUCUCCAUUCUCCUCCCCCUGAUCAUCAAGGGCCACUCGAGGCUCACAAAGGCCGAAGCCAAGGGCAGCGCCAUUGCUGCCGAGGCCUUCGCUGCUAUCCGCAUGGUCGCCUCGUGCGGUGCCGAGUCCCGUGUCAGCCAGCGUUAUUCCGAGUGGGUCAAGAAGGCCAAAGAGGCCGGCCAGUUCACCUCACCCUUCGUAUCCACCCAGUUCGGCCUGAUCUUCUUCGGCCUCUAUGGCGCCUUCGCCCUCGCCUUUUGGUAUGGCAUGAAGUCAAUGAUCGAGGGGCGCAUCAACAACGUUGGCACUGUCAUCAUCGUCAUGAUGUCCGUCAUGCUCAUGGUCAUGUCUCUCGAGCGCAUCUCCACUCCGCUCAUCGCCGUCUCUAAGGCCAUGGUGGCCGCCGCCGAAUUCUUCGCCGUCAUCGACGCACCACAGCCCAAGCAGGGCACGCUGAGGGAGCCCGACGUGUCUGCCGACCAGGAUAUCGUCUUCGAGGGCGUCCACUUUGCCUAUCCCAGCCGCCCAACCAAAAAGGUGCUGGACGACCUGAAUCUUCGCAUCAAAGCCAACCAAAAUACUGCCAUUGUCGGGCCUAGCGGGUCCGGCAAGAGUACCAUCGUUGGUCUCAUUGAAGGGUGGUACACCCUCCAUGACCAAUACGUCAUCGCCAAGGCCAUCGAGAAGGACAAGAUGAAGGAAAUGGAGAAGAAGAAGAAGAAGAAGGAGAAGGAGAAAGAGAAGAGAAAGAAGAGCAAAAAGAGCAAAAAGGAAGGAGACAAUGCCAAUGAUGGUGGCAACGACGAAGGCGACGACGACGACGACGACGAUGACGAAGACAACGCUACCCUGCUAAAUCCCGAAGAUAUCGGCCCCGCCGUCGAGCUCAAGGGCAGUAUAUCGACUUGCGGGCACCGGUUGGACGAUAUAAACAUCAAGUGGUGGAGAACGCAGAUCGGCCUCGUGCAGCAAGAGCCUUUCCUCUUCAACGACACCAUCUACAACAACGUCACCGCCGGUCUGAUUGGGAGUCAGUGGGAGAAAGAGCCCGAAGAGGUCAAACGGCAGCUUGUCAAGGAAGCCUGCGCCGAGAGUUUCGCUGACGAGUUCAUCGACCGCCUCCCCGAUGGCUACGAUACCCAGGUUGGCGACUCGGGUGCCAAGCUGAGCGGCGGGCAGCGGCAGCGCAUCGCCAUCGCUCGGAGCAUCAUCUCUAAGCCCAAGAUUCUCAUCCUAGACGAGGCCACGUCGGCCAUCGACGUCCGCGGCGAACGCAUCGUGCAGGCGGCUCUCGAGAGGGCGUCCAAAGGGCGAACCACCAUCACCAUCGCCCACAGACUGUCAACCAUCAAGAAUGCCGACCAGAUUUGCGUCCUGCAGAAUGGCCGUGUCGCCGAGCAAGGGACGCACGAGAGCCUGCUUGAGAGGGAAGGCGUGUAUUAUGGCCUCGUCCACGCCCAAAAGCUGUCGCUGGGAGACGAUGGGGGAGCCGAGGAGCCCAUUGAGGACGAAGACAUCAACGCCGUGCUCUCACGCGAAAAGAGCGCGGCGAUAUCCGACACCGACGCCCCUGCCCAGGGUGCCAAGUGGAAGGAGCGCAGCAUCUUCACCGGGUUCGGCAAGCUCCUCGCCGAACAGAAAAGCCGGUACCCUCUCUACGUCAUCGCCGUCAUCGGCGCAGCGGGUGCCGGUGCUGCCGUGCCCAUGCAGGCCUACCUCUUUGCCCAAGUCAUCGUCGUCUUCUCCGAGACUGGCGACUCGCUGCUCAACGACGUUACCUUCUGGUCAAAGAUGUGGGUUGUGCUUGCUACUGUGGUUGGCUUCAGCUACUUCACCAUGAUGUUCGUGUCGACGACGGUCGAGCAUCACAUCUCGGCAGCCUAUCGCCAAGAGUAUUUUCAGUCGAUCCUCUUUCAGAAGACGUCCUACUUUGACCAGGAGGGCAACUCGACAGGCCAGCUUACCGCCCGUCUCUUGGGAGACCCUCAACAGCUCAAAGAGCUCCUGGGCAUAAAUCUGAUGAUGAUGCUCCUGGGCGUCUUCUCCCUGGUCGGAGCUCUGGCGAUAUCGUUCGCGUACGGUUGGAAGCUGGCGCUUGUGGCGUUGUGUGUGACGGUGCCGCUCUGCAUACUGGCUGGAUAUUACCGAAUGCGUUACGAACUGCAGUUCAACGCCAUGAACGAGGUUGUGUUCGCCGAAAGCUCAAAGUUUGGUGCAGAGUCGAUAGGCGCGUUCCGCACCGUGAGCUCGCUUGUCAUGGAGGACAGCAUCGCCGAGAGAUAUAGCCUACUGCUGAGCAAUCAUGUGUCGACGGCGUACAAGAAGGCCCGCUGGACGACCGUCAUUUUUGCUUUUGCUGAUAGUGUAUCCCUCGGCUGCCAAGCCCUGAUCCUUUGGUACGGCACCCGCCUCAUCACCUCUGGGGAAUACAGCGUCAUAUCGUUCCUCGUCACAUACAUGGCUAUCAUACAGGGCGCCGAAUCUGCAGGGCAGUGGCUCAGUUUCGGCCCCAAUGCAGCCCAGGCCAGCGCGGCCGCGAACCGGAUCCUCGAGGCCCGCGAGAACCGCAUCAAGGACUUGGUCUCGGUCGAAGAGCAGGUCCCUGACACGGCAGGUGGGGUCGAGAUUGAGCUCCGGAACAUCCACUUCAAGUAUCCCACGCGCGACGUGUCCGUCUUCAAGGGGCUCAGCAUCACCAUCCAGAAGGGACAGUUUGCAGCUCUUGUCGGUGCGUCGGGUUCCGGCAAGACGUCCAUCGUCAGUCUCUUGGAGAGGUUCUACGACGUGACGCAGGGCCAGAUCCUGUUCAACGGCAAGGACAUCACCCAAGUCAACCUGUACGAGUACCGUAAGCUCUUGUCCCUCGUGGCCCAGGAGUCGGCUCUCUUUCAGGGUACCAUCCGCGAAAACGUCCUCCUCGGCGUCGACCCGUCCGAGGUGACAGAAGAGCAGAUGCACCAGUGCUGCAAGGACGCCAGCAUCCACGACUUCAUCGUGUCCCUGCCCGACGGCUACAACACCAACAUUGGCGCCCGCGGCGUGAACCUCAGCGGCGGACAGAAGCAGCGCAUCUCCAUCGCCAGGGCGCUCAUCCGAGAUCCUAGGGUCUUGCUCCUGGACGAGGCCACCAGUUCGCUGGACUCUGCAAGCGAGAAGCUCGUCCAGGCCGCCUUUGAGCGCGUGGCCAAGGGCCGGACAACCGUCGCUGUCGCGCACAGGCUCGCCACCAUCCAAAACGCAGACAUCAUCUACGUCCUCGGCGAGGGUAAAGUGCUUGAGUCUGGCAGCCACUCCGAGCUGCUGAAGAAGAAGGGCGUGUACUGGACCAUGUGCCAUAACCAAGCGCUUGACAGGUGA